CGUCCAGGUAUUUGGCUCGUGUGAAAAGCCGCCUUUGGGUAAAAGUCUUACAGAGAAAAAGACGACUGGACGGUGAGCUCAGGAAGCGUUCACCGAAAUAUUCUGGUGCAUACGGUAAUCUAAGGACGAAAACUUGAAAUUUCAGACUCUUUUUAAAACGCAAAGAUGAAGAUCCUCAUUAAGAUAAUAGCGUUAUUGAUGGUGAGUUUCGUUUGGAGAACGGAGGCACGAAGGAGUCACCAAAGACAUUAUUCGUUUCAUGGAGAAAAACAUAACGGUGACGAUAACCUCGGGAUCAACCGUCCUAACCCAUCGACAUCCAGGACUAACGAUCAGGUUCAUAAGAGAAAGAUUGGAUGGAUAGAAGUUAAAGAAGUGCCUGGUUGUGAAUGUAAAGGUGGGGAAAUCUGCAUUCAAGGACCCAAACAUCAUCGACCUGUGUGUAUCAAAGAACAUCAGCUAAAGGAGAGUGCACGGCUGUUUCGACGGUUCCAUGAACGCAAAGAGCUGGCCGAAGAAAGAAAGAAUGAUAUAGACCACAAGCACAGAUCCAGCUUCGAGGCCCCUCAUGACCUUCACAUCAGUGUAUUUGCAAAACACAAGCAGUCUCAUGAGGGCAAGAACAGACCCAGUGUUUCAGAAUCCAUGCAUUAUGGCAAGAGAUUGCAUUUGAACAACAUGCCAUUCAACAAGACUGAAGACAUGCCAGUUGCUGAUGCACCUAGUUCUGGGACAAAGUGUGAUAGCAGUGCUUUGGAUCAGAUGCGUCAACGCCUGACUGGAUGGUUCCAUGUUCUGCGUGGCAAAAAUGCUCAUCAUUCUGGCAAGAAACAUCAACACAAAAAGCAUCAUCAUUUUUCAGUGAAGAAGGAGUUGCGUGACAAACAUCCUGAUGGGAAGUGCAGCUGUCUCAGGUCUGUCAUGUGGGAAUUCCGUCAGAUUGACAUUGACCACAAUCACAAUCUCAACAAAACAGAACUGGUCAUUGUUGACAGCAAUGACAAAGAACCAUGCCUCCACCCGUACCUCUGGUCAUGUGACAAAAACUCAGAUGGGCUCCUGUCCCGCAGUGAAUGGUGUUGCUGUUUCCAAGAAAAUGGCGAAGAAUCCCCAUGUUUUAAAAAGCUGAAAGAGAUCGAAUCCUUGAAGAAUGAAGUGAGCUAUGUACCAAGUUGUGAUCAAGAAGGCUACUUUGAAAAACAACAGUGCAUGGGAUCUGAACAAGAGACUCAGGUGUGCUGGUGUGUAACACCCAAUGGAUCCCAAAUCCCUGGGUCACGUACAUAUGGCCAUGCACAUUGUGGCAAGCUUGAUGUCAUGGGCUACCCUAAGUCAUGGCAUGCAGUAUAAAGGGAGCUUGUUCAUCAUGCCUUUUAGAGUGAUUCAUCCUACUGGACAGCAUACAUUUACUCAGUUACCAGAGCUUGUGAAUACCAAGAUCUUCUGAAGGAAGAACCAUACAAAUAGCUUUCAGAUGUUUUCCAUUAAUGUGAAACAUCUUUCUGCAUUAUUAGAAUCUAAUGUGUCUCAUUGACUUACCUGGUUACACGAUAUAUGUGAUCAGAUCAGCAAAGAUAUAAUCAUGCUACCUGCUUUAUUCGAGAAAAUGGUCACAAUGUGUACUUAGUGUGAUCCCUCCCCUUUCAGGCAAACUGUUAACUUAAGGUCUCAACAUCUGGUCAUUGAAAACAAAACACAGAAAAUUAACCAUGUGUCACAAAAAAUAAAAAUAUAAGUAAGUCAUUUAAAAUGCAUGUUUACUAUAAAAUUAGGUAGAAAUGUUUGUACCAUUAGGCAAUAGGUCUUGUAUUUUAAGAAAAUCCACACAUAUCAGCUUCCACAAUAGGAUCACACUGAAAACUUGGUAUGUGUUAAAAACAAAUUCCAGUUGUAAAGUCACUUUUAAUCAACUUAAAUCAUCCUAAAGGGAACAGAGCUUAUCAAGAAUGGUGAGAUGAUAAGAUAUAUAUAUAGUAAGUCUGAUGAUUGUCACACAAAACUUUCGGGAAACUUUAGAACAUUGCCAUACCACAUUCCAUGCGCCAACUCUCCCACCCGCACACAUACAUUUUCUUUAUCCAGUCCCUUCUAUCAGAUAAACACACAAGCACACACACACACUAGAAGGACUACUUAUACCAUUAUCAGGAAAGAGUAGAAAGAAUAAAUCAGGAAAGAGCAGAAAGAAUAAGAAAAUAAAACUACAAAAAAGUAGAAUAACAAAGAUAAUGCACACAGGUUGGUUAAAAAGAAGUCCAUAGAUCCUUUCCACACAUGCAUGCACAAACAUAUGGUUUCCUGCUGUCUUACAUGACAUUAGCUUUAUUCUGUCAGCAUUAAUACUGUAAUUGUGUUGCUAGUCUUUUUGUCACCGUAGCUGUAUACAACAUUGUACAUUAUAGAGAAGUGGCAGAUCUGCAUAUAUUUGCUUGGGGGAGGGGGUGGUAGUUUUGGAUGGUUGAGUUGGAGCAGGUUGUAGGUUUGAAGCUUUGUAGGCUAGUGACUGGAAAACUCCAUCUGUCUGCCUAGUCGUUGAUGGAUACAUGUUUUACCAGGGAACAUUCAGUGCUUUAGAAAGGGACAGUUGAGCUCAGUCUGCCAACUGCCAGUGUUUGAACAGGGUGAAUCCCUUAUAGUUGACUGCCACUGGAGCUCAGGGCUUUUAUUUUAUGGUUUCUGAAUUUUUUUUUUGCACAGACUUGGUUUCAUUUUAUGCAUUUAUAUUAUUGUGUAUCCUUUAUGCAUUGGUCGUUUUGCAGGUUUUUAUUGUGAAAAUUACGUGAAUCAAAGCUGUUAGUCUCAGUAUCAGCUCGUGCAUGUUAUCUAGCAUUAUGUAAAAUUAUGCUGUAAAUGUCUUCCAAUUUAUGUCUUUAGAAUUAAGUCUUGCAUGUAGAGGUCAUUGUUUUAUUGAAAUUUUCAUGGCAGGGAUAUUUAGUCUUUUACCAGUAACAGUGGUACUUAAAAUUUAAUCCUUGUUGGAAUGGCAACUUGAACAGGAAUUCAUACUUAAAAAAUUUUGCAGUAACACUUUAACACCCUGUUUUGUUGUUGUUUCUUUUUAUUUGGAGGAAAGGAACUUUGCCACUGCAAUGAGUGCACAAAAUGGAAACAGUAAUGAUCUGUUUGUGUAAAAUGGUUGUGUUUAAUCGACUGUGAUAAAACCUUAGUCAUUCCAAUUUUUUUUUUAAAAGAUAUUUUGAGGUUCAGUUAAAGUAUUUUUUCCAAAAUCAGUUGCCAAUGUACAUCAUUCCAUAAAAUCAAAACACACUUUGAAAGAUGCUAUUGAAAGAUGUUUUAUAUCUUGCUGGUUUUUUUUCAAUGCAUAAAAGAUCUGAGAAGUGAACAGCUUUUAGCUUAUUUUAGCUUGAACUUCUUGGCUCUGCAGUCUUCAUUUACUUGAUAACUGCAGUGGACUGUUUUAGUCAUACUGUACUGUUACCAUUUAUUGCUUUGAACCUGGCCUGACAUAUUAUUGUACAAUAAACUUAACUUUCUUGUAAGUCUUCAUUACUGAAGGUAUUUUGACACAAUUUCUUUAUAAAAACUUUUAUUGCAGCCUGUAACUGUCUUUGGUGAGGGUUUUUUUGCAACCAUCAUUUUUAAUGAUUAAAUCAGUUUGAGAUCUUU